CAUUCAUUAUCUUCUAAACUCUCUAAGAAUUAAAGAUGAUUUUCAUGUUCGUCUUGUUUCAUUCCAUCAUUCUUAUUUACCUCGAAAAAAUGGCAUCUUUGAAUGAUGAUUGUCAUGUUCUUGUUGUUUCGUUUACCGGACAAGGAAAUCUCAAUCCAUGUAUUCAAUUUUCCAAGAAUUUGAUCAAAUUAGGUGUAAAUGUCACAUUCUCAACAAGCCUAACAGCUUUUAAUCGAAUCUCGAAUCUUCCAACCAUACAAGGAUUAACAUUUGCUCCUUUCUCUGAUGGUUAUGAUGGCAACUUCAAAGGUCCCAUGAACAGAAUCCAUGAGUUCAAUACUUCAUUGAGGACUCAUGGUACUGAGUUUGUCACGAAUUUAGUCGAAGACAGGGCAAAACAGGGCUGCCCUUUUAAACGUAUCAUCUACACGACGUUAACUGCCUGGAUUGGUUUAUUAGCCAAGAAAAUCAACGUUCCAUCGACGUUUCUUUGGAUUCAACCAGCCUCAGUCUUGAAUAUUUACUACUAUUUUUUCAAUGGUUAUGAGGAUUCUAUCAAGAAUUGUUCAAAAGAUCAAUCUUUUGAGCUUCCUGGACUGCCUUUGUUGUCUCGUCGUGAUUUCCCUUCUAUCUUGUUUAAUGAUUCGAAUGAUUGGACAUUACUUGCCAUGAAAGAACAUGUUGAGUUACUAAAGAGUGAGACUAACCAAAAAGUUCUUGUGAACACUUUCGAUGCUUUGGAAUUUGAUGCUUUGAAUGUUAUCGAGAAUGUUACUAUAUUCGGAAUCGGCCCUUUGAUUCCUUCUGCUUUUCUUGAUGGAAAUGAUUCUUCUGAUACUUCAUUUGGAGUUGAUAUGAGACGAAGUUCCGAUAAUUAUAUGAAUUGGUUGGAUUCUAAGGCUAAAGAAUCGGUAAUUUACAUAGCAUUUGGUAGUUAUUCUCAGAUACCAAAUCAACUUAUGGAAGAGAUUGCUCAUGGUUUAGUUUUGUGUAAAAGGCCAUUUUUGUGGAUUAUUAGAGAGGGGGCGAAUGGCGAAAAGCCAUUUGAAAAGUUGAGUUGCAAAGAGGAGUUGGAAGAGUUAGGGAAAACAGUGGAUUGGUGUUCACAAGUGGAGGUUCUACAACACCCUUCUUUGGCGUGCUUCUUGACUCACUGUGGAUGGAAUUCGAGUAUGGAGAGUUUGGCUUCGGGGGUGCCUGUCGUGGCGUGUCCUCUUUGGAUCGAUCAAUUAAGUAAUGCGAAGCUUAUUCAAGAUGUUUGGAAGACGGGAGUUAGAGUGAACGCCAACGAUGAAGGUGUUAUCGAGAGGAAUGAGUUCGCGAGGUGUAUAGAGAUUGUGGUGGGAGAUGGGAAAAAAGGGGAAGAAAUAAGAAAAAAUGCUAAGAAAUGGAGGGAUUUAGCUAAGGAUGCUAUGAAGGAAAAUGGUUCAUCUAAUGUCAAUCUCAAGGCUUAUGUUAAUGAGAUUUUGCUUGGUGAAUAAAUCGUUUGUUACUCAGACUCUCUCCAAAAGUGUUGCUGCAUCUGUUUGACCAUCUUGGGCAUACCACGACUAUUUCAACGGAUACAUGCUAUUUCACCAACUCAGGUAUCAAGUGAUUCUUCCCACCAAGGCAUUUGAUAUCAAGUGAUCAAGUCGAUUUUUAUAAAUAAAUAGUUACGCAUUUGAAUAAAAGUAAUAAACCAUGACAUGUUAUGGUGCUUUAGUUGCAAGUCUAGCUUAAUUUGAAACUUGUGCAAAUACUCUGUAGUCUGCUUU